AUGGCGACCGUGCCGUUGCCGUGGCCGCUCGCCGUGACUGUGAGCGUGAGGAGGUCGCUGCAGGAGGGGGCCGCGGGCGCGGCGUCGUACGCGCAGGCGCAGCGGUCCCCGCAGCAGGGUGCGGCGCGGUCCGCGACCACGGCGAGGUCGGUGGAGACGCUGGUGGUGAUCGUGGCCGCGAUCGUGCUCGCCGCCGUGCUGGCGGGCGUCCUCGCCCGGGUGUGCGGCGGUCGGCACGUCAUGCCGAGCGCCGAAUACCACGAAGAGGAAGGCUGGGUGGAGAGGCGCUGCCGGAGCUGCCUCGACAGCGGGCUGCCGCCGCCGCCGCCGGCGGCGCAGGGGUCGUCAAAGACGAGUGAGGCCAAAUAG